GAGGCUCUGCUCAAACUCCUGGCGGGACUGGAGCCCCACCGGCCGGGGGAAGCUGGGGACCAAGGCUCUGUAUUCGGACAACUCGCUCCCAACACCCCCGCAGGUUCCCGGCUAGGUAGGGUUAUUUAACACCCCCACAGGUUCCCGGCUAGGUAGGGUUAUUUAACACCCCCACAGGUUCCCGGCUAGGUAGGGUUAUUUAACACCCCCACAGGUUCCCGGCUAGGUAGGGUUAUUUAACACCCCCACAGGUUCCCGGCUAGGUAGGGUUAUUUAACACCCCCACAGGUUCCCGGCUAGGUAGGGUUAUUUAACACCCCCGCAGGUUCCCGGCUAGGUAGGGUUAUUUAACACCCCCACAGGUUCCCGGCUAGGUAGGGUUAUUUAACACCCCCACAGGUUCCCGGCUAGGUAGGGUUAUUUAACACCCCCACAGGUUCCCGGCUAGGUAGGGUUAUUUAACACCCCCACAGGUUCCCGGCAAGGUAGGGUUAUUUAACACCCCCACAGGUUCCCGGCUAGGUAGGGUUAUUUAACACCCCCACAGGUUCCCGGCUAGGUAGGGUUAUUUAACACCCCCACAGGUUCCCGGCUAGGUAGGGUUAUUUAACACCCCCGCAGGUUCCCGGCUAGGUAGGGUUAUUUAACACCCCCGCAGGUUCCCGGCUAGGUAGGGUUAUUUAACUCGGUACAGUAGCCAACUAGCUUUUUAACGUAUAUCAUUUCGUUCUAGCUACGUUUGUACGUGUACUUGCUACAUUGGCAAGCUAGCUAAUGUAGCUAGAUUUUUUAUUAGCUAACUAACGUUCAUUGGCUAAGAUAGCCGUGCAGACAUAAUUUUAAAAAAUUGUUGUUGACAUUUUAGUCAUUUAGCAGACGCUCUUAUCCAGAGCGACUUACAGUUCGUGAGUGCAUACAUUUUCAUACUGCCCCCCUGUGGGAAACGACCCCACAACCCUGGCGUUGCAAGCGCCAUGCUCUACCAACUGAGCUACAGGGGGGCCAAUGGCUUGCUAUGAGGAUCACUAUGGAAAUACUUUUUUAAACGUGCUUGUGUCAUACUCGAUGAUUUUAAUGGCAUGUAUGCACGUGGUUGAAUUGUGUUUAAAAUGGCCAAAUAAAUCAAAUAUAAAAAUGUCCCUUCUCUUGCUAGCCAGUCAACUAACAGUACUGGAUCUGCAAUUAGCGUGUAUGCUAGCUGAAGUUAGCUAGGCUUGUCAGCGCCUUCUAUUUCAGCAUCUCUGUUGCAGGGCUUGCCUGGAAACUCGACGUUGAAUUGCUUGCAUUCAAUUCUAUGUCGGGCAGAAAUGAACGUUUGAGUCAGGAAAGUUUCCUCUCACGACCUCUACAAGCCAGAAUGUUGAAUAAAAUGUUUGUUUUUUAACGUACCUUACCGGUUGUCCAUGCAGUUGGGCCUUCUGUAAUUAUACACAGGGAAGUAUAAUGACUAAUUACGUCAACUUUUCUAAGCGGCGGUAAAGUCAGUUCAUUCAGCUUUCUAUCGCCUGAAGUAUGCGCAGAACCAUGUGAUAGAAAUCUGAAUGCACUACCAGCGCUUUGAAAAGUUUAUGUAUUUAUGCUUUCCUGUGGAUAUAUUGUCUCGUAUUACUACAGACAACCGGUAAAGGAAGUUAAAAUGUGGUUGUAUUAAACAUUCUGGCUUGUAGAGGUGGUGAGAGGAAACUUUCCUGAUGCAUAUGCUCAUUUCUGCACGAUGUAGUAUUCAAUGCAAUUCAUCGACAGAUUUCCAGGCAACUGCAAGGCCUUAAAUAACCUUUCCAGUUGACUGUUUAUCACUCAGUUGUAGUUACCCAAUGCUAGCUGCUGUUAGUAAAUUAAUAACGUUAGUUAGGUCCACACGGUUAUAAAGGUGCCCAGGAAUGAUGCUGAAAGCUCCUUACUGAGAGGGCGGGGGGGGGGUGUUGUCUCAUUCAUCAUUCAAUGAAUCAUUGCAUACCAGGGUAGCUUGAACAUUGCUAAACUCUGUGGGUGCUGUGCAGGUAUGGGCAUGGACUCCUGUGUGGUCCCUCUGAGACACGGAGGCCUCUCAUUGGUCCAAACUACAGACUUCUUCUACCCUCUGGUGGAGGACCCCUACAUGAUGGUGAGUUCUAACCCCUGACCUUUAACCCCUCAACUUCAACCUCUAGUAGAGGACCCCUAUACAAUGGGGGAGUUCUAUUCUGACCCUAAACACCUCACCUUUCUCAGGGCAAGAUGUAUGCUUUUUGCUCUGUUACAUCUCAAUCCUCUCUCUCUCUCUCUUCCCCCGUCUCUCUCUCCAGGGAAGGAUAGCGUGCGCUAAUGUCCUCAGUGAUCUCUAUGCUAUGGGCAUCACAGAGUGUGACAACAUGCUGAUGCUACUCAGUGUCAGCCAGAAGAUAUCUGAGAAGGUAGGUAACCUCAUGCUCUCUGUGUGUGUAGUUGAAGUAGCUAGCAGGGUGACUGGUGGGGCUUCAGAACAAAAAACAAAAAUUCAUGAACCCACUCAUCUCCAAUUUGUCAGACUUGGACUGUUCCAUGUGAAGCAACCUGUCUGUAGCACGUGUGUGUUUUUGUGUGCGUCAGACGUGCAUGUGUUCCUGGAGUUAUGCCCAGUCAGUCUAACCUGCAGAACAGGAAGCUAGUUGGCCGUGAUGAAAUGAUAACCGUGUGUGUGAGCUAGUUGGCCGUGAUGAAAUGAUAACCGUGUGUGUGUGCUAGUUGGCCGUGAUGAAAUGAUAACCGUGUGUGUGUGCUAGUUGGCCGUGAUGAAAUGAUAACCGUGUGUGUGAGCUAGUUGGCCGUGAUGAAAUGAUAACCGUGUGUGUGUGCUAGUUGGCCGUGAUGAAAUGAUAACCGUGUGUGUGAGCUAGUUGGCCGUGAUGAAAUGAUAACCGUGUGUGUGAGCUAGUUGGCCGUGAUGAAAUGAUAACCGUGUGUGUGUGCUAGUUGGCCGUGAUGAAAUGAUAACCGUGUGUGUGAGCUAGUUGGCCGUGAUGAAAUGAUAACCGUGUGUGUGUGCUAGUUGGCCGUGAUGAAAUGAUAACCGUGUGUGUGUGCAGGAGCGUGAGCGUGUGAUGAAAUGAUAACCGUGUGUGUGUGCUAGUUGGCCGUGAUGAAAUGAUAACCGUGUGUGUGAGCUAGUUGGCCGUGAUGAAAUGAUAACCGUGUGUGUGAGCUAGUUGGCCGUGAUGAAAUGAUAACCGUGUGUGUGAGCUAGUUGGCCGUGAUGAAAUGAUAACCGUGUGUGUGUGUGCUAGUUGGCCGUGAUGAAAUGAUUACCGUGUGUGUGUGCUAGUUGGCCGUGAUGAAAUGAUAACCGUGUGUGUGAGCUAGUUGGCCGUGAUGAAAUGAUAACCGUGUGUGUGAGCUAGUUGGCCGUGAUGAAAUGAUAACCGUGUGUGUGUGUGCUAGUUGGCCGUGAUGAAAUGAUAACCGUGUGUGUGUGAGCUAGUUGGCCGUGAUGAAAUGAUAACCGUGUGUGUGAGCUAGUUGGCCGUGAUGAAAUGAUAACCGUGUGUGUGAGCUAGUUGGCCGUGAUGAAAUGAUAACCGUGUGUGUGAGCUAGUUGGCCGUGAUGAAAUGAUAACCGUGUGUGUGUGCUAGUUGGCCGUGAUGAAAUGAUAACCGUGUGUGUGCUAGUUGGCCGUGAUGAAAUGAUAACCGUGUGUGUGAGCUAGUUGGCCGUGAUGAAAUGAUAACCGUGUGUGUGAGCUAGUUGGCCGUGAUGAAAUGAUAACCGUGUGUGUGUGUGCUAGUUGGCCGUGAUGAAAUGAUAACCGUGUGUGUGUGCUAGUUGGCCGUGAUUAAAUGAUAACCGUGUGUGUGAGCUAGUUGGCCGUGAUGAAAUGAUAACCGUGUGUGUGAGCUAGUUGGCCGUGAUGAAAUGAUAACCGUGUGUGUGAGCUAGUUGGCCGUGAUGAAAUGAUAACCGUGUGUGUGUGUGCUAGUUGGCCGUGAUGAAAUGAUAACCGUGUGUGUGUGCUAGUUGGCCGUGAUGAAAUGAUAACCGUGUGUGUGAGCUAGUUGGCCGUGAUGAAAUGAUAACCGUGUGUGUGAGCUAGUUGGCCGUGAUGAAAUGAUAACCGUGUGUGUGUGCUAGUUGGCCGUGAUGAAAUGAUAACCGUGUGUGUGUGCUAGUUGGCCGUGAUGAAAUGAUAACCGUGUGUGUGAGCUAGUUGGCCGUGAUGAAAUGAUAACCGUGUGUGUGAGCUAGUUGGCCGUGAUGAAAUGAUAACCGUGUGUGUGUGCUAGUUGGCCGUGAUGAAAUGAUAACCGUGUGUGUGAGCUAGUUGGCCGUGAUGAAAUGAUAACCGUGUGUGUGAGCGUGAGCGUGUGAUGCCUCUGAUGAUCCGUCGUUUCCGUGAUGCGGCGGAGGAGGGGCGGGACUUCUGUGACUGGCGGCCAGACGGUGGUCAACCCCUGGAUCAUCGUAGGGGGCGUGGCCUCGGUUGCCUGCCAACCAAACAAGUUCAUCAUGUAA